CACAUGACUGUCUGAUCACAUGACCCCCCUUCACUACUUCCACGCCUGGAUGUUAGGUGACAGUGUAUGAGAGUCAUGGAGCCGCACAUCACCUUCCAGCCCAACGAACAUCAACACGUCCGCUAUAACCCCCUCCGUGAUGACUGGGUGCUGGUCUCCGCUCACCGGAUGAAGAGACCCUGGCAGGGGCAACUGGAGAAGCCUCCACAGGAGAACAUCCCGAGGAAUGACCCCAAAAACCCGCUGUGCCCUGGAGCCCGCAGGGGUGGAGGCCAGGUAAAUCCUGAUUACAAGGGGACAUUUGUUUUUGAAAAUGACUUCCCUGCCAUGCAACCAAAUGCCCCAGAGCCAGGUCCCAGCAAUCACCCCCUACUGCAAGCAAAAUCUUCCCGUGGUGUUUGCCAGGUAAUGUGUUUCCACCCCUGGUCGGAUAUCACUCUCCCUCUGAUGACCAAUCAGGAAGUCCGAGCUGUGAUUGACAAGUGGGCGGAGAUAAACGGCGACUUGGGAGCCACUUACCCCUGGGUUCAGAUCUUUGAAAACAAAGGAGAAAUGAUGGGAUGUUCCAAUCCUCACCCGCACUGCCAGAUAUGGGCGAGUAAUUUCCUUCCAAACGAGGCUCAGACAGAGGAACGGACACAGCGAGAAUACUUCCAGACGCACGGGACCCCCAUGUUAUUGGAGUACGGGAGACUGGAGGAGAAGACCAAGGAGCGCCUGGUUCUGAGUAAUGACCACUGGCUGGUACUUGUCCCAUACUGGGCAGUUUGGCCGUUUCAGACCCUUUUGCUGCCUCGCCGUCAUGUGACCCGUCUGCAGGAUCUGAGCAGUGCAGAAAGAGACAGUCUGGCCUCCAUUAUGAAGCGUUUACUCUGCAAAUACGACAACUUGUUUGAGGUCUCCUUCCCGUACUCCAUGGGCUGGCACGGCGCUCCGACCGGCUCUCAUCUCGCUGAGGACUGCAGCCACUGGCAGCUCCAUGCUCACUACUACCCGCCGCUGCUGCGUUCCGCCUCUGUGCGCAAAUUCAUGGUGGGGUACGAGAUGUUGGCUCAAGCCCAGAGGGACCUGACGGCAGAGCAGGCGGCUGAACGCCUUCGGAAUUUACCAGAGGAGCAUUACAAGUUGAGACAGACGGAGCCGAGGGGUGAAGAUACAGAGUAGUAGUACUCCCGAUUCGAAACUGAAGAUGGUAGAGGUGGAAAUAUCCAGAUAAAUUUAUUUUCCGGCCGGACGUGGAAUUCUACCUGCUGAGGAUGUGCGUUUCCAAACGCAGCGGGAUACAACGUCUGCACCCUGGACCAGACGUAGCGGCGCGGACAGUCAUCUCCGGGUCACACUGAACUGAUCUAUAGGAAUUGUAUUCAAGGGAUAUUAAAGAAAAAUACUAUAUUUUAAAGAAACUUUAUAUUUUAUAAAUGUGAGUUUUCAAAGGUAUCCUAAUCAUUGACAGUCCCUCUGAUGGACAGAUGGGGGUUUGUAAGAGAUUUUUGGCUGAUUUUGUGAUCACUAGGGGGCUGUGGUGGUAGUUUU